AUGACCUACCUUGAGAAAUUCCGUAGCUCCAAAACCAAUCAUUGGUGGAACACCUUCCUACGCGUGCUCCAGUUUCUCGCCUCAGUCAUAUCCUUGGGGCUAUUCAGUGCCCGGCUUCGCAAGAUCCUCCGUCUCUAUCACCGCUAUCGUGCAGCCGAUGGCGCUGUGGAGGGCAUUCUCGCUGCCGCGACGCUCUACACACUGAGCAUGCUGGCCAUCACAUGCUGCUUGAGGCAUGGUGCUCCCAAGAUCCUUCGAUGGCUCCAAGUGCUACUGGACAUCCUGUUCAUUGGCGCCUUCAUCGCCGUGGCCGUCCUCACGAGGCCCGAUGGAGGGCGGGCCGGGCCAAACUCCUGCAAUCGAAGCAGGUUCUCGUCUCUCAUACCUGGAGGAGAGAACUGCAACCUACCUUGGGGAGUCUUCAUCCUGGCUAUCAUUUCUACGGUCUUGCAUGCCCUGACCGCCUUAUUCCACCAGGUCCGCGAUCAUCACAGAGAGCAGAAGCACGGACGGAGGGGCACGGAGUCCUCUGACCCUUUCGUGGACAAGAACCGAUCCAGUCGACACCCGCAUUCGACGGUAUAA